CUAUUAAGCGGAUGAGAAGCAAUCCGCAGAGAUUAACUAACGAAAAAUUUUAAUACUGUAUGGGAUUGCACUUAUUUCCUGGAACUUCACUCACUUCAUAAUGCAUCAUGCAUGAUAUGUUUUCAUGCCAAACCAGAGUUUGCGCACACUGAGGGAAUUUCAAGGAAAUGAUUCGGGGAAAUCGAAGUAAACCGGCCAAAAUACAGAUAUUAAAGAACUUUGUAACUGGGGGAGUAAAGUGAAUCAAGGGAAAAAUGCCUCCACCCCCUCCUCCCCCUCCUGGACCACCACCUCCCCCUGCACCCAGAGCUUCUGCUCCACCCCCUAAAUCUUCUGGAAAGUCUCAGAACAGGGGGGCCCUGCUCAGCCAGAUACAUCAAGGUGCUAAGCUGAAGAAGACAGUCACAAAUGAUCGUAGUGCCCCUACUGUAUCAAAUAAACCAAGUCCAAGUAGUGGCGGUGGAGGUAGGGGAGGCAACAGUGGCGGUGGAGGUGGAGGUGGCAUGGGUGCAUCUCCUAUGGGACUAGGUGGUCUUUUUGCUGGAGGAAUGCCGAAAUUGAGAUCAGCUGCAGAUAGAGGCAGACCCGGAACAGGAGGAGCCAAAGGCCCAGCCAUGCGACCACCUGGCUUCAAACCACCAUCGCCAAACAAUUCCAGCCCACCGCUGCCUCCUACGCCCAGUGGUGGUGCAAGACCUCUCCCUAAUCUACCAGGUGCUCCAGGUCCACCCAGUAAGCCACCUGUGUUUGCCCCACCACCCCCACCUCAAUUUAAUAAGCCAUCAGUGUCUGAAAACUCCAGGCCAUUGCCACCACCCCCAUCAGGAACAAGUUCAAGACCAUUGCCAACUCCUCCUCCAGCAGGUCCACCCAGACAACCUCCCGGAAUGAGACAAGGUCCCCCACCCCCUCCACCAGGAAGAGGAGGUGCACCACCACCACCCCCACCAUCAUCAUCAGCUCCAAGAACAAGUGCUCCCCCUCCACCACCUCCCACAAGGAGUAAUCCUAGUAUGGCCGCUCCCCAACCUCCACCCCCAAGAGGGGGUCCUCCGCCACCACCUCCAUCAAGAGGGGGGCCACCACCCCCACCUCCAAGCCGAGGACCUCCUCCACCCUCUUCAAGACCACCAUCUCAAGCUCCUCCUCCUCCACCUCCCAGUAAAUUUCCAUCAAGGCCAAGUUCUGGGCCUACCACACCUCGAGGAUCAGCCCCAUUGCCACCACCACCUCCUUCAGGUGGGCAAGGACCCCCACCUCCACCUCCAGCAAGGGUUCCACUUGAAACCAAGAGGUCAGGUCUUCCACCCCCACCGCCACACUCUUCAACUGGCAGGUUAAAUAACAUGAUGAUGAAUGGACCAACAAGAAACUCACUACCCCCUCCUCCCCCAGAGUUAAUGUCAGACCCAGAAGAUGAUUUUGAAGCAAGAUUUUCUUUUAGUACAGAUCUUCCCCCUCCUGAGCCUUAUGUAGAAACACCAAAAUCAUAUCCAAGUAAAAAUCCAAAGAAAAGUGGUGGUACAAAGUCUUCAGGAAACCCAAGUACAGUAAAAGCCAAUCCACCCCCUCCUCCCCCAUCAAGGGGAGCACCACCACCCCCACCCCCUCCUCCCAGGAGAUGAGUCUCUCACCUAAAUUUCUCAACAAAUCUAUGAAGACAGAAUUUUUUACAAUUAAAAAACCAAAAAUUGAAGCAACAUCAACCUAAAAAAAACAUUGAUCCAGAGGUGUGGACUUUUUUAGGUGAUAUUUGUAACAGAAAACAAAAUAUUUUUUAGAGUGUAUUUCUUCAACCUUCAUGGUUACUGAGGCUGGAGAUAGUUAAUUUGUUGGUGUUGCAACAAGAACUGAAACUUGCUCAGAUGAGCAUGAGUACAAAAACCACAUUUAUAAACAAAUCGCUAGUGCAAAUGAAAUUUACGUUUUGUAUUGUAUCUUUGUCGUAAAUGAAUUGGGUCAAGCAUUAGGUGGAUAUUCUUGUUCGAGCACAUUUGUGGCAAAAGUUUUUUUCGGAGUGCAUUUUACUUCUUCUGAAAGAAAGUUAGCCUCAAAUGCACUUGAAAUGAAAUAGAACGAAGGAAGAUUUAAGCCAAGAGAGUUGUUUUCGGUGAAUAGCUGAGUCUUGUGUAAAGAGUUUGCCACAAACUUGUGGUAGUGUUAAUAAUUCCAAUAACCAAACAAUAAUGAUAGAAGAAAAUAGAAUGUUGCGUGGUAAUUAACAAUAAUUUUUAGAUUAUUAAUUGUAUAUUAUCAUUUUAGAAAUAAAAGACACUGUUCUGUAAAAUCUCAA